ACAGAAACAGACUGGCAUGGCUAAAAACGUGUGCUUUGCACUUGCCCUUUGAGCACUUUGUUUAGUUGUAUGACUGAAUGACUGAUAACAAAAACACACAACCAAAACUGCAACUCACCAAGCUGCAAAAAGCAGAUUUAGUUUCUUUUGCAGAUGGUCUAUGAGUCUCAUGUGGCAUCAUAUUAAAUUAUAUAGGCAGUCAGUCGCUUGUUCUGAAGCGAUGCUCUGAGCCGGGAGUUGUGAUGAGCUUGGACCAUUCUGCAGGAAAACAGGCUGGAAAGCUGAAACAGCUCCUCUGAAGAGAGCAGCACAGGGGCCUGCCAGGGGCUUCCAGCACCUCAAGGACUGCAGGUCCCCCUGGGAUGCACUAUGAGGGUGGCCCAGCGACCCUACGAUGGGCUGUGGAGCAUUUUGCCCUAAAGUGUCUGAAUUACAGGAAGAAGGAAUAAAUGCCAUUAACUUACCUCUCAGUCCCAUUCCAUUUGAACUAGACCCUGAGGACACUAUGCUAGAGGAGAAUGAAGUCCGAACAAUGGUGGAUCCAAAUUCAAGAAAUGAUCCAAAAUUACAAGAACUAAUGAAGGUACUAAUUGACUGGAUUAAUGAUGUGUUGGUAGGAGAGAGGAUUAUUGUGAAAGACUUGGCUGAAGACCUAUAUGAUGGACAAGUACUGCAGAAAUUAUUUGAGAAGCUUGAAAGUGAGAAGCUGAAUGUUGCAGAAGUUACUCAGUCUGAAAUUGCUCAGAAACAGAAGCUACAGACAGUGCUUGAAAAGAUCAAUGAAACCCUUAAACUCCCUCAAAGAAACAUUAAGUGGAAUGUUGACUCUGUUCACGCUAAAAGCCUCGUAGCCAUACUUCAUCUUCUGGUUGCCUUAUCUCAGUAUUUUCGAGCACCAAUCCGACUCCCUGACCAUGUGUCCAUUCAGGUGGUUGUUGUGCAGAAACGAGAAGGAAUCCUCCAGUCUCGACAAAUCCAAGAGGAAAUAACUGGUAACACUGAGGCAUUGUCAGGAAGGCAUGAGAGAGAUGCAUUCGACACUUUAUUUGACCAUGCCCCAGACAAGCUCAAUGUAGUGAAAAAGACUCUCAUCACCUUUGUGAACAAGCAUCUGAAUAAAUUGAAUUUGGAGGUGACUGAACUGGACACGCAGUUUGCAGAUGGAGUGUACUUAGUCCUGCUAAUGGGUCUUCUGGAAGGAUAUUUUGUUCCCCUGCACAGCUUUUUCUUGACUCCUGAUAGUUUUGAACAAAAGGUCGUCAAUGUGUCCUUUGCAUUUGAGCUCAUGCAGGAUGGUGGAUUGGAAAAACCAAAGCCAAGACCAGAAGAUAUUGUAAAUUGUGACUUGAAGUCUACACUGAGAGUACUGUACAAUUUGUUUUCCAAAUACAGGAACGUGGAGUGAAGAAUUGAUUUAGGUCACAAAGGAGUGUUAACAAAGAAAACAUCAUAACUAGCAUUUCUUUCAUCAGUAUUCCUCUGCAUAUCUAUCCUAAAAGGAACUAAACCAUUUACCUGAAGAAUUUUUCAUUAUUAGUGGAUUAUUCUGGCACUACUAUUUUCAUAGCAGAUUUAAAACUAAUAUAACUUACAGAGAGAAAAGGGUUUGGGGGAAGGUAUCUGGGUGUAUUCUGGGGGAAUUCAUGUCUCACUUGUCUUCAUACUGUUUUUAAUAGGUGAAGUAACAAUGAAAAAAGAAUUUAGUAAGCUUAAUUCAAAUCAGCCUUUGGGGCCAAUCAUAGGAAUAUUCUGUACUGAGUACUAUGUUUUACAAAUAUCUUUUUUAAUCUGGGAAGGGGAAGAAUAUUCUAUCCAUGAUAAGACAGGUUCCAUUCUAAUUGUGAGGAAUGUGCAUGGGGACAAACGGUUAAAUACACUUGUUCACAUGACAGCUAAAAAGAAGCAGCUUAACCUGGUGAAUGUAUAGUUCCAGUGCUAUCAUUAGGCUUUAUUUGUAUGGGUACAAAAUGAAGUGGCUACUCAUUCCUUCAGCCUUGCUAUAAUGUGAUACUCUGCAUCAGUGUGUGCUGCUGAGCAUUCCACAGAGCAACACUUUGCUGCUUGUCACUUUUUUUGUUCAAGGCAGAGAUCUUUUUUUGCAAAGAACACUUUUCAGGAAGACAUAUCUGUAUAAUACAGCUUUUCUAUAAUAUUUUUAUUAUUACAUAAUAUUAGAAAGUAGAAGAAUGGCUUGUUUUUAUUUUGGCAGUUUAAUCACAAGAUUAUCAGAUUGUGAGCUUAGAUCGAUUGAUAGAUAGAAUUUAUAAUUGUCCCUUUGGUUGAUUUUAUGAUGAAUGUGUGAUGCUGCAUAAUGUUCAACACAAAAAAAAUAAGAUUAGUUUUCUAGAAAUGGUCAAAACUACUUCCAUCUGCAAAGAUUCCAUUACAGUGUGAAGUUCUCUCGUGAUUUUACACGGCUACAAAGUUGUUUUUAUUUAAUUACCACCGAUUAUAAGCUGUUACCUGUUUGGUUUUAGCUUUAACCAAGACACAGAAGGGAAAUGGGAGUUGAUUGUUCCUUUAGACUGGUACCAAGCACCAGUUGUGCUUCCAGGGGAAGCUGGUGGAGACUGCCUGGAUCACUUCUGAAUCAAAAUGUUGUAUUGCAACCUCACAUUCCUGGGAUCCUGGCUCACAAAAUCGGGAAAAAAAAAUCCCCAGGCUGGAAUUCCCAGGUAACUCUUCAGAAAUCUUCAGAGACUCGUUAAAGCCAUGCAGGUGUGGCAGAAGUGCUCAGGGCAGAGGAAAAGUGAUCUGUCAAUUCUUGCAUCGUUGUCAGGAGAAAGGCAGGGCUGGCAGGGACUGCCCAUAACAGCUGGACAUUCCUCACCAUGUCAAGCAUUGCACAGCUCUCCUUUUCCCAGGGCUUCUUCCUUUUUUUCUUUUAUGUAGAGCUUUCCAGUACAACAUUAGCACAGAGGGAACUCCAGCAAUUAUUUCCUGUUUUUGCUAAACACCAGCUGAUGUUUAGUAGUAAGAUGUAAGGUGAUACUGACUUCUGCUGGGGGGGAGAAAUUAUUUUUCUGGGAAAUAAUAUGAACUUUUUCAAGGGAAGGUCAGUGUUCAAUUCAAAGGACACUACCUGAAUGUUGUCUGAUCUCAGAAAUUAUCUGAUUGUAGUAAGCACUCUAAAUAUCUUUACUAAAAUAUUUUCUUACCUGUGUGUUUUUAACUGAGUUUCUGAAAUUAGAGGUACACAGAGCAGCACUUAUUUGCCCUUUACAGGCAGAAGUAGCUGGACAUUUUGACCUCAAUAAAAAUGAACGUUUUCCUUAUAUCUUUAAUAUCUGAGAAGCUACACAAUAGGAAUUAACCAAACAUUUUUUGAGCAAACUGAGGCAGAACUUCUCAUGUAUAUAUCAGCAGCAAUUUCAGCUUCUUUAGAUGUUUAACGUGCAAGUUUUUAAUUUGCACACCUAGUGUAGUAAUUCUAAUAGCUAAUUAAGAAAUGAAUUCUCUUUUUUUCUGCAGACCAUACUCAGCCACAACACUUUUACAUUUCAACAGUACUGAAAGAUUUUGAUUGCCUUUGUUUUCAGGAGUGCACUUUCUUUAAAGAGGAGAUUUAUAUGUGUAAAGUGAACAGUAAAACUGUUUUCUUUGCCCGGACUUGCAAAUAAGUAUUUCUUGUGCUGUAUUGUUAUAAUACUGUUGGAGAUUUA